AUGGUGAAUGGCGGCGAGCAAUCGGCGAUCACCUCCACCUCCACCGCUAGCGCCGCCGCCGCCGUCGAGCCUGGCGUCGUGGAGAGGGGCCGCGUGAGCGGCGGCGGGCGGCGGCUCGCGGGGGAGAGCUCGGACGAGGAGGAGGGGAGCCAGCGCUUCUCGGAUGCUGAGGACCGGUCCUGGCACUCACACUCGCGGCAAGGCUCCGCCUUGGAGGACUGUAUCUCCACGUCCGCGCCCAUCAGCUGCGACGCCGGCGCCGCCAGUGCCGUCGGCGUGGACACGGCCACCGAACGCGCCAGGAAGUCGUGCGUGUCGGAGUGCUCGCUGGACGACGACGACGACGUCGUCGACCUGGAGGCCGGGCUGGCCGAGAUCACCAAGGCCAGCCCGGACAAGUUCGAGAGGAACUGCCGCAUCUGCCACCUCGGCCUGGACAGCGCCACCGCCGAGUCCGGCGCCGGCAUCGUGCUCGGCUGUUCCUGCAAGGACGACCUCUCCCGUGCCCACAAGCAGUGCGCCGAGACCUGGUUCAAGAUCAGAGGCAACAAGUAA